GUUAAAUUGGGUGAACCGAGCCGAGCCAAGUGGAAGACCUGGACGAUACGGUGUUUUCAGCAGGCCGGUACAUGACAUUUUUAACUCUGAAUUUAUCCUACAAACAAAGAGGGAUACCCAGGAAACACGUGAGAUUCCCCUUGUGUUGUUUUUACAACAAUAAGUGUCAAAAGUUUAAGUCUGUAACGAAUUCUGUGAAGCUAACAGGAGGCUAACCUAGCUGUACUCUGAAGCUAACGCUGAUGAAGGUUUGACAAGUGAAGCAGUUAAUUCCUGGUUGCUGAAAAACAAGUUUCAUCCAAAUUGACAGCAUUGACCUGAAGCCUAUUUAACUUAGACCUGGUGUUAACCUCCACAGCAAACAUACGUGACGGCAGUCUGGACACUUCAGCAGGUCAAACCAAAGACAUGUAGACGAGAAGCUUGACUCCUAAAUGCUCCCUUCGUCUUGGAAAAUUACCUGCUCAAACACACCCCCAGGUGUUUCUAUGGCACAUACCUCUGCCCAGGCCCCGUGAGCAAGUGCUUCGAGGUUAACGGCUGAGCUGGCAGAGCGUGCAUGCUUUCCCAGUGAGCUCACAUAGCUGCUGGGCCAACUCAAGCAAGAGGAGCUUAAAUCAUACAGAGAGGACUCAUUUUAAUUUGGCUCCAGGCGGCUCACUGAGCCAGGAUGACAGCUGUGGUGGGUCGGGCAUGGGGGUGGGUUCGCUCCUGGGGUGGUGGCGGCAGUAAAGCGACGUCUGAGAACCCCCAUGAAGUAACAGCUGAGGCACAGAAGCCAGUCAGCCAGAAGGGUGGUGGCGGGUGGACGUCCUGGAUCUGGGGAGGAUGGAGGCGUCAGCGUGUGAUUGAUCUUGGCAGCCCAGCUGAGGAGUUCUGGGAGGCACAGGAAAAGUUGCAGCCAAUGGAAAUUGAAGUUGUUGGUGCAGGGAAACAGGAGACAGAAACCAGCCAACAGCAGGUUUCCAGAUGGUGGAGUAAAUAUGUUCCCACCUCUUACCUGUCCUGGCCAAGAAAAAUUGAAGCAAGCGGAGUGAGGCGGAAAAGACGUGAUGGUCGGAGUAGAGAUGAUGUUGACGGGGACUUUUCAGACUACGGGACGCCACCUCCAUCUCCAACUCCUCCUGUAACAUCUCCUUUCAGACUCUUUGUCGACGGCUUUAAGAUAGAAAUCCUCCCAGAGCACCACGAGAUCUGUUUCAACUUCCUGCGACACCUUUUUGAUCUGUUUGUGGUUGGCUUCUUGUGGACCGUGUCCCCACCAACAAAGCUCAUCCUGGAGGUGCUGGGGGUGCAGGGCGCUCUGAGGCUAUGGCUCCACGGCAUGGCAAUGUUCUUUGUGUCCACAGUGGGGAUGGCGGGCUUACUCUGGCUUGUUCAGGAGUACCUUCCUCAGUUCGCUCUGAUCUACGGGAUCAUCCAGGCGCUUGUGAUAUCUGUCAGCGUACGGCAGAGUGUCAUCCUCGGCAUGGAGGAGGAUGGCGGAGGAAAAGAAGAGGACGACAAAGAGAUAGAUGACACUAAGGACAGCAGGGAACAAAAAGAGACGCUCACAUCUGUGAAGGACAAGUUGAAGACAAGUUAGACUUUAGAUGCCGAGACCUCUGUCUGAUCAGGAGUUCACCUUUAUCUCACCUGUACCAAAAUGCAGGUGUGUGAUAUCACACAGAGACAUUUUACCUGGAGCUGGACUCACAUUGUGUUGCACAUUUCUAGACGUCGUACUCGUGUCACUUUAUGUUAAACACUGACGACCUGCAGUUAAUCAUCACGUCAUAUUUGAUAUUGAGUUAGAAAACCACGAUCAGAAGAGGGUUCAUGAAUGUCAGAGAUGGACGAGGUCAUGCAGUAUUUAAGGGAUCACAUGUUGGAUUUUAUCUGGUUUACUCUUUAUUUCCUGUUCUGUUUGACUUUAUUUGUUCUGAUUCUCUAACAGAAGCCAACUGUGUGCCUUUGGUGCAAUCUGAGGGAGCAAAAUUUAGCAAUUCAGCAUAAAACGAUACAAAAUGGCAACAAGGAUGAGCAAAAACUUGUAGAAGCACUACCAAGAGGAGAAAAAUGUGAAAUUUGAAAAAAAUCAGAGCAGUCUGGAUGAAAUGUUGAUGUUCUACCAUAACAGAUACUUAGGAAAAGUUUUGUCUGAUUCACAUGAGUGCAUUUGGCUGAAACGUUUCCAAAUUAUUACUAAAUAAAUUAAACAUACUUUAUAAUUUAGAAAAAAUGAAAUGUGAAAUCCAGAUGAAAAACUGAAAGUGGGCAAGGUGUUACAAUUUCCCAGAAUUUGGGUCAAACUCCUGCAUACGUUCUUAAUUGCAAGAAUAUUUUGACAACAGGACAUCUAAAUAACGCAUGUAUGUUUGCAAUGUUUUUUCUAAAUUGCACAAUCUGCGACAAUGCGACUGUAAAACACUAUAAAAAGUUGCCAACAUUUGUCUAAACUACACACUUUAUUCUGUUUUGGAUAUUUUUUUAAAAAUAAAUUGCAUCCAUACAUUGGCAACAUAUUUGUGCAAAUUUGUGAAAAAUGAAAUGUUCAAUUGAGAUCAAAUGUUGUCAACUGUCCAAAUUGUACAAUUAUCUUGGCAGCAUUAAAAAAUGCAUUGAUACAAUGGCAAUAUGUGCAAUUUAGAAUUAAUGAAAUUUCCUAAAGUGCAAAAAAAAAAAAAAGGAUGAUAACCUUUAAUUAGAUUUGCACAGUAAAGUUGCCAGUAAUUAUGGGGAAAAAAAAGUUUUUUUGCAGUUCAGACCAAAUGUUGCUCCUACAUUUCACAAAUUCUUUUGAAAUGUUUUGUCUAAAUUGUACAAUUAUAUUUGGCUGGAAGGCUAAAAUCUUUGCACAAUUAAUUCAAAUGAAACCCUAUACGAUGUAGAUUGAUUCCAAUCUUCUAAAGAAGCACAAAAAUAAUGAUAACCUCCUUCAUGAAUUCACUGCCAUUGAAUAUGUGCAAUUUUAGACAAAAUAAACUUUUGUACAAUUUAGCCAAAAUUUAGCUUAAAUGUCGUGUCUGAAUUUCACAUACUGUAUACAUUAGCAUGAAAUGUUGCCAUCUUGAUUAAGUGAUUUAAUCAAAUGAAACCUAGUUCAUCUUAAACAGAAUAAAGUUUGGUGCAGUUCUGCUGAAAUAUUUCUGAUGCUCUAGAUUCAGUAAUUAGUACUAAUUACCCUCUACUUGUUUUUUUCAAAAUUGCAAAAAUACAUUUGGGUGUAAAGUUGUCAACAUUUAUGUGCAAUUUAAACAAGACAAUUCAUAAAAAAGAGAAAAUUAAAUGUACUAUUUAAAUGAAACACUAUCAGCUUUCUAAGUACACAGAUGUUUCGAGGACCUUUAAUCUAGAUUUCUUAGAUAGGUUGCCAUUUUACUGGGGCAGUUUUGAUGUAUUAAAACGUGACUGUUUCAUGGUUUAAGGCGUUCAGUGGGAAUAUCCUCAAAAGGCACCUAAGUACAGACAAUCUUCUUGCACCGUGCUCAUGUUUAAAAAGAUGAAAAUACUUCCUGAACAUCAACACCUAGGUGAAAUGUUCACAGACAGAUCAAGCUGUUAAAAAGCAGCUCCCAGUGUCUGAUUGAUUAGUGAUCAUUACAUUUAUAAAAGUCCAUGUUUGGUGGUUUCUGAACUCCUGUAGGUUUGCAGCUUUAUACUCAGCCUGUUGUUUUUGUUCUGAGCAAGAAAUUUCAGCUUGACUCCCUUUAAAAUAUUCACCUGAGUGGAUCACACAACCAGUCAUAAUUUUCAUAUUCAGUCAUACUUUGCAUGCUUUACACAUGCAGUGACCCUGCCACCAUCAUCAUCGAGCUCUCUAUGGACUAAGGCUCAGUCUCAUUUACCCUUGAUUUCCAGUGUCCCCUUCAGAGUUGCAAGGACAUCUUCCCUGUGAAAUGAGACAACCCUCCAAGUUACUGAUACGCCAUCAGUAGUCAUCGACAGUUUUUAUGGAAACUGACAAGAUGGCAAUCCUGGACAUUUCUAGUAAGAUGCUUGUUCUUAAUCAAAAGGACCAUAAUACAUUGAAAAAACAUUGUUGGGUUCAACGGUGCGUUUCCUGCAGUAAAAUUCACAUUUCUCCAUCAUGGAUUUGAUUAGUCGCCAUAAUGUCAUAACCACCCAAGUUAGACUUCAACAUCACUUGAAGAACAACAUGGUUUAUUCACAACCUCAGGGAAAACAACUACACUACCCAUGAUCCUAGAGAGCCACAGCAAUGUCUCUGAUUGAUGAAGACUGCUGUUACCAUGGAAAUGUUUGAUCUACAAGUACAUCAACAUUAUGAUUAAAAGUAUUAACACUACAAAAAGAUAAAUGUUGAAAGACUAAAAAGCUAUCAUUGGCUGAAAUGUCACACAUCUGUGGUGCAAUUUAGACAAAAAGAAACCGUUUAAUUGUCUCAGUUGCAAAAAUACAAUAUUAACGUAUUUGUCCAAAUGUUGCCAAUACAUAUGUGCAAUUUAAAUGAAACACAUUUUACAAGUUAGACAAAGUUAAAUGUGAAGUCCAAAUGAAACACUGGCAACUGUUGUAAAGUGCACAAAAAUGAUGGUGAUGUUUCAUCUUAAUUAGAAGAAGAUGUUGCUAUUGUAUUGUUCAAUUUGAAUGUAAAUGUUUUGCAAUCCAGACAUCCAAUACUAGACAAUUUAUUCUUUUAAUUCUGAACAUUUUGAGUCCUUGUGCACUGUCUAAAUUAUACAAAUACACUUGCAGUGUUUCCUCAAAUUUGUAUUAUAUAUUGGCAAUGUUAAUAAUGAUUGCACAAAUGCCAUCUUAAGGUCUUUGUGCAAUGUAGAUGAGAUUUAUUUGUUUAUUACCAUGUAGUACACUUUAAACAGUUGGCAACAUUUUGUCUACUACACAUUUUUCGGAUAAAUUCCAAUUUCAACAUGUUUUUGUAAUUGGUUAAAAAUGAAAUAUUCUGCAGUUUAAAACUAAUUCUGCCAGCUGUCCCAUUUGCACAAUUACUUUGGCAGCAUGUUGUCUUAAUUGCUAAAAUACAUUGGCAAUAUUUUGUCUAAAUUGCCCAAAUACCUUUUCAGUGUAUCUGUGCAAUCUGGAUGAGAUGGAUUUGUUGAAAAAACAACACUUUGCAGUUAAGAUGACAUGUUGCCAUCUUUCCAAAGUGCACUUUUUUUGGAAAUUGCAUCAAUACAAUGACCAAAAGUUUCCAGCUCUGUUAACUGAACUUAUACUUUGGCAGUAUUUGAUCUUAACUACACAAAUACCUUUGGCUGAAAUUUUGGCAACAUAUUUGUACAAUUUAAUCCAACUAAAUCCUAAACAGUUGUUGCCAAUUUACUAACAGUAUAUUAAAAUGUCCAAACAUAACAUUUUAAUCUUAAUUACAUGAAUGCAUUGUCAUUGAGGAUAUCCAGUUUAAACACGGAGGAAAUAUGUUGGUGGUGGUGUAGAAAAAAUAUACCUGAUGAUAAAAAAAAUCACAAUUCUGACCUUUUUUCAUGAUUUUAAGACAAUCUUGUUAAAUGUUUUGCGGCAUGCUAUGUUUAUUUUCCUUUCAUCCAAACUGAGGAAUGUUUCGUUUUUCUCACUAAGCCUGCGUUUGAAAUGAUAAAGGUUAUUUCACCGCUGUUUUAGGACUAAAACCUCUGCAUGGCUUUGCUGUCCUGUCGUGCUGUCAGAGAUUAACUGACAGAUCGUGCCUUUUUGUCUGAAAGAAGGACGAGCUACCAACACUGCAGACAUAUAGGUUAUAAAUAAAAGUUCAACGUUAAAGCCAUGAGAGAUGUUAAAUCGAACAUGGACUUUUUGCAAAGAUUGUGGAAGUGAAAUUUGUGUUUGGAGACAAGUGGAAUGGAGUUGAAUGUUUGGUUUUAACAAGCAUCAGUCAGCCUCACCAGUGUCCUGUUCUUUGGUUUAUUCUCAGUAACAUGUUCUUUUAACGUUCAGGAUUCCUGCUGGUUAAUCUCCUUUAUUUUAAUGUUUCCACAAAGAGACUGUGAGCCAUGGAAAAGACUUUUUCUCCCACUAUGGGACACAGAUCACUCAAAAAAUGGACACGGUAUCAUGGAUGUUUGAGAUUGAACCACCAGCAGCACACCUUCAUGUUUCUGUGCCACCAUGUUGCUCGUUUAAAUCUUCAUGGGGAAUGUAAAUGAAGCUAAGACGUGUUUGUACCAGUUUAUACUUCCUUGUUAUGCUUCAGUUGAAGGCACAAAAUAAAUAAAACAAAUGUGCUCUUUAGUUUCACUUCAUCAGAAUAUUAGAUUUGAUGUGAUUAGAGAUUCAAUAUUAAUGUCAGAAACAGAAAUCAGACAUACCAACUUAUGAAUAAAUUCCAGUGGUAUUUGUGCACUUCAGACAGAAUGAGAUGAUGCCAACUGUCUGAACGGCACAAUUACUUUGGUAAUGUUUCAUCAAAAUUGCAAAAAAAAAUUUGGCAAAAAAAUGCCCCAAAAUUAUAUGGAUUUUAAAUGAAAACGUAUAAAUUGCACAAAAUACAUUGGCAAUGUUUUGUCUAAAAUGGAUAAAGCCAUAGUUGCAGAGCCAUAUCAACUUAUUUUUGCAGUUUUUCCCACAAUUAUGCAAUUCAGAAAAAAUGAAACAUUAUUUUCUAAAUUACACAAAUUGGCAAUUUUUCAUCUCAAAAUGGACAAAAAAAACAAAAUGUGGCAGACAUAUUUGUGUUAUAUAGACAAAAAAUUAUCAACUAAAUCCUGACUCUCUUCAUAAUUGCACAAAUACUGUUACUUUGGCGAUUUUUGUCUGAAUUAGACACAUAUUUGAGAAAUGUGUCAUUAUUUGUGAAAUUUUAAUAAAAUUGUUUUUGUGCAUUUUAGACAGAACGAAACUUUGUGCAAUAUAGUUGAAACAAUAUUAAAUGGCUUAGUUGCACAAAUACAAUAGUAACAGAAUUCCUAAGAUUUUGGAUGAGAUGGUUGAGUGUUGAACUUGUCUUUUCACAUCAGGAGAAUAAAUACUUUUUCUGUGACAGUGAGUUGACUUUUUGGAGAUCAUAAGAAAACAACUAAAAUGUCUUUAUUAUCACAAAAACUGGGUGAAAUAAAAUGUAUGAAGCAUGUCUUCCUAGGGCUUUAAUUGUCUUCAGUGCCAAU